AUGCAGUUGCGUAGGUGGUCUUAUGCCCAGUGUCGAUGGGCCAUCCAAGUAUUCCUCGGCAACCUUUCGCUGCCACCUAAACAAGUAAUGUUGGAAGACAUAGCUCGUAAAAGAGCGCUGAUGAAAAGACGAUACUUCCAAAGUGAAAAACACACCAUACAGGUUGACUACGUCAAAUACAUGGACGAAGUUGCUAUGAUUCUUGGCUGCAAACCCGAUAUUUACAAGAUUAUGUUACCAGAUCCUCGUUUCGCACUGCGACUUUUUCUGGGUGCGAACGUGCCGUAU